GAAAUGGCCAAUAGCACCGCAACGGCAGGGAAGGUUAUCGGAGCACCUGGACCUGCAGGCAGAAGUAGCCCCGAAGGAUCUCAGGUGCUUAGCAAGAAGAAGCUUCAAGACCUGGUAAGAGAAAUUGACCCCAACGAGCAGCUGGAUGAGGACGUUGAGGAGAUGCUGUUGCAAAUUGCUGACGACUUCAUUGAGAGUGUUGUCACGGCCGCUUGUCAGCUGGCGCGCCAUCGCAAGUCCAACACCUUGGAGGUCAAGGAUGUCCAAUUACACCUCGAGCGUCAAUGGAACAUGUGGAUCCCGGGUUAUGGCUCAGAUGAGAUCAGGCCCUUUAAGAAAGCGUGCACAACAGAGGCUCACAAACAGAGGAUGGCCCUGAUUCGCAAGACAACCAAAAAGUAG